AUCGCACCUAAACCGUUAACCUGCCUCGCGAGAACUGAUCUUGUGGACAGCUACCCACCCAUUCGUGGUGAAGUAAUGAUGUUCGCCCGUUCAUGUUGGGAUUAUGAUGAAGAGUGCUUUAGGAAACUUGCAGCAAUGGUUCGGAGGCCGAUGUGGAAGCUCGACGAUUUUGAUCUAGCUUAUAGCAUUGGAAAAGGCAGAUUUGGAUCCGUCUUUGCGGUUCGGUCAAAAGAGGAGAAAUGUUUCGUUGCUAUUAAAAUUCUCUUUAAACGAACUAUUGAUGAAAAUGGAAUGCGGGAACAAGUAAAGAGUGAAAUUGAAAUUCAGUACCAUUUGCUGCACCCAAAUAUUUUACGACUCAAAGGUUACUUCCAUGAUGAACAAAGAGUUUUUAUCAUUACCGAAUAUGCCAAAAGUGGUAGUCUUGAUGUACGGAUCAGGAAGAAAGGAAAAAUCCAAGAAUUUGAAGCAGCCAGGUUUGUCACAAUGGAUUUGUGA